AUGUGGUCAAUCAAGCUGAAAGCGCAGCCAGCUGUGUGUUGGGAUGCUGUACGAGAGCGAGAGUGUAGGGUUGUGGCCGGCUUGACCAGUUCAUUGAUGACUCCGUUCAUAUACGCUUUUUGCUAUGUAUGUGUUGCUGAUGCGCCACCAGCUAUUGCUGCGCAAUGUCAAAUUCGUUGCGCAGCAAAUGCGCUACGUAAACGUAAGCUAAAUGGACAAUAA